CGCAGUCUCUGGUCAUCUCCUGUACUGUCCGCAGUCUCUGGUCAUCUCCUGUACUGUCCGCAGUCUCUGGUCAUCCCCUGUACUGUCCGCAGUCUCUGGUCAUCUCCUGUACUGUCCGCAGUCUCUGGUCAUCCCCUGUACUGUCCGCAGUCUCUGGUCAUCCCCUGUACUGUCUGCAGUCUCUGUGUUAGGGUUAUUUUUUUAAUUUAUUUAUAGAAAAUUGAGUUAGGCUUUAAAAGACAGGUUCACCUUUUGAAAAAAAAACAUUAUUUUUUUUUU